GAUACGCCACGUUCAGAUGAUUUCAUCUUGUGUACUUGCUUUACUCCUUUAGGGCUGACUAUCUUCCGCAUAUUUUGGACAGUGCUUGUUGAGGUUUCAUCUAGAUUACCAACUCUAGAACAAUCCGCAAAGGAGGGAUGACGUCUCAGACACUCUUCAAGCUUAUCAUAAAAUGUAUUAACACUGUGCUUGUUAAAUGCUGCAGCCCGAGCAAUACUGCAUGCCUCUGGGGUUCUGAUUGAUAGCUCCGGAUGUCUCUCCAUGAAGCCUGAAAAACACGAAAAAUUAGUAACAGGAAAUCAGAAAAUCAGAAAAUAUUUACACGGGUAAAAAUCUUACCGUGAAACAAUUCAAGUCCAGCGAUUUUUUUGUUUCCCAUGUAAUUGGCACUUUGAUAUGGUUAAGAGCAGCAGUCUAAUAGGCCAGUUCUCUCACCAUGAAUGUAGAAAGACCGUAGCCAAUCAAUGUCAUUUCCUGACAAUAGGAAGCUAUGGCUUGCUCUUGUUCUUCUGAGAAGAUUGCUCUGGAUGCUUGUGAUAGUUUGGGAAUAUUUUCAAGGUUUUCAUCUUGUUUUGUUUGUUUGUGCAUUCUCAUCAAACAUUUAUAGUUCAGACCACACUCCGCAGCAGCAGCUCUUAGACUUUUCCCAUUUCUUACUAGUUCAAGUCCUCUUUUAAGCUUGGAUGGAGAAGCAACCGCACGGUUAGUUUUUCUUUUAUAAGUGCGGGCCAUGGCUGAAAAACGAAAACAGUGUCAGUGAAAACAUAGCUCAAAUUCAUUGAUGAAUAACAACAAUUUCUUACAAGAAAACUUUACUCAGAAAUCAAUACCCGUCUGAACUCUGACUCACGGGGCACUUUGAAACAACAAAUCUCUUGUUUCAAACUGCCCCAUGCAAGAUUGUUUCAAACUGCCCCUUAGUACACUCAUCCAAACAUUUAGUCAUAUUCUCUUUAUAGGUUAUGUUAUGAUGAAAUCUCCAAAUGGUAAACAUUCGUAAAGGACUACAGUUCGUGAUCAAGUCAUUAGUUUACGGGUAAUUGAUUACUGAGAGACCGCAGACGGAAAGAUCCUGGGUCCCGAAAUUUAAGUUUUACCUGUUUCUGGGGGUGGUUGAAUUUCACCGACUCUUUACUCAACCCACACCACUCCGGUCACGGCCUUGUGGAUUGCAAACCGAAUAAGUCCAAAAAAUGAAAGUCGGGUACCAUUUAGAUUUUGUUUUCACACCCUCCUUAUGAUAAAUAUGAGCAUCUGUUUCAAACUGCCCCUGUUUCAAACUGCCCCACCCUCCCUUACUCGGUGACCAUGUGAUUGGACCCCAUUUCUUUGAAGGAAGACUGAACGGACCAGGCUACCUGAAUUUUUUGGAAAAUGAUUUGGGUGUCCUCUUUGAUGAAGUGCCGUGUGCGCCUGAAUCACUGGUACCAACAGGAUGGGGCCCCUCCACACUGGGCUUUAGUAGUGCGGAAUCACCUGAAUUCGGUUUAUCAGAACCGCUGGAUUGGCCGAGGCGGGCCAGUCGCGUGGCCUCCAAGAUCGCCCGAUCUGACACCCCUUGACUUUGUCCUCUGGGGCCAUGUCAAGGGCAGGGUGUACGAGACGAGGCUGGGCACUGUGGAGGAACUGCGGGACCGAAUCGAGAACGCGUUCCGGGGCAUUACGCCCGGUAUGCUGCGUCGGGUUCACCUCAACACCAUUGAGAGGGCCAACCAGUGCAUCGGCCAAAAUGGCCAAACCGUCCAGCAUUUGUUUUACAAGUGAGAAGGUUCCAAGCGGCCCGUUACAGUGCUGUCUUUUUCUUUUUAGAAGCUGUUAUUUCCUUUUUAAUUUUUGUUGACACAGAGAUUUAAUUUUUGUUAUUAAAAGGCACAAACAUC